GCGCGCCGGGAGGAGAAGGGAAGGGAGGAGGAGGGAGGACGCGGCGGGGGAGGUGCGGCUGCCACCGCCCGCGCGCCGGAGCCCUGAGGAGCCGCCGCCGCCAACGCGGCCAAGCGGAGCGCCGUCGGGGCUGGCGGGCAGGAAGGAGCGGCGGGUCCGAGCUGGGGGGGAAGCAGGGAGAGCGCGCCCACCACCUUCCCUUCCCCCCUCGAUGGGAGCGGGGGCGUCCCGGCCGCCGCUGCCGCCUGAGGAGGGAGAGCUGGGGGCCGUCACUUUGGAGUUGGGGCUGAGCAGUCCUCGCGGGAGAGUGUGCCAAGACCGCUGCAGCCGCUGGCCGAGUUAAGACCAUCCACAGUAAUGGCUGCGGCCUUACCCAGGACCCUGGGGGAGUUGCAGUUGUAUAGAAUAUUACAAAAAGCCAAUCUGCUGUCUUACUUUGAUGCCUUUAUUCAACAAGGUGGUGAUGAUGUCCAGCAGCUCUGUGAAGCUGGAGAAGAGGAAUUCUUGGAAAUCAUGGCACUCGUGGGCAUGGCUAGCAAACCCCUUCAUGUCAGAAGGCUACAGAAAGCUUUGAGAGACUGGGUUACAAACCCUGGCCUUUUCAAUCAGCCACUGACUUCCCUGCCUGUCAGUAGCAUACCCAUCUAUAAGUUACCAGAGGGAUCACCAACGUGGCUGGGGAUAUCCUGCAGCAGUUAUGACAGGAGUAGCAGUGCCCGGGAACCUCACUUAAAAAUCCCCAAGUGCGCUGCCACCACUUGUGUGCAGAGUUUGGGACAGGGGAAAUCAGAUGUGGUGGGGAGCUUAGUGCUGCAGGGUAUCGGGGAGUCCAGACUCUGGCAAGGCCACCACGCCACUGAGAGCGAGCACAGCCUCUCUCCGGCAGACCUUGGCUCCCCGGCUUCCCCGAAGGAAAGCAGCGAGGCCCUGGACGCUGCCGCCGCGCUGUCUGUGGCCGAGUGUGUGGAGCGGAUGGCCCCCACGCUGCCAAAAAGUGACUUGAAUGAAGUGAAAGAGCUGCUAAAAACCAACAAGAAGUUGGCCAAAAUGAUCGGGCACAUCUUUGAGAUGAGUGACGAUGAUCCACACAAAGAGGAGGAAAUUCGAAAGUACAGUGCAAUAUAUGGCAGGUUUGACUCCAAGAGAAAGGAUGGGAAACAUCUCACGCUUCAUGAGCUCACUGUUAAUGAAGCGGCUGCUCAGCUCUGUGUGAAGGAUAACGCCCUGCUGACGAGAAGAGAUGAACUGUUUGCCCUGGCUAGGCAGAUUUCUCGAGAAGUCACCUACAAAUAUACCUACAGAACCACCAAGUCAAAAUGUGGAGAAAGAGAUGAAUUAUCUCCGAAGAGAAUUAAAGUGGAGGAUGGAUUUCCAGAUUUCCAGGAUUCUGUGCAGACACUCUUCCAGCAGGCUAAAGCUAAGAGUGAAGAACUUGCUGCUCUUAGUUCACAGCAGCCUGAAAAGGUGAUGGCAAAGCAGAUCGAGUUCCUUUGCGCCCCAGCUGGCUGUGAGAGACUGCAGCAUGCUGAGAGAAGACUGUCCGCGGGGCUGUACAGGCAGACGUCGGAAGAGCACAGCCCUAACGGCCUGGCUGCUGACAGCUCUGACGGACAAGGAGAAAGACCUUUGAAUCUCCGAAUGCCUAAUUUACAGAACAGACAACCCCAUCAUUUUGUGGUGGAUGGAGAGCUGAGUAGACUUUAUCCCAGUGAGGCAAAGUCCCAGUCAGAGAGUCUUGGGAUUUUAAAAGACUACCCUCACUCAGCUUUUACUUUAGAAAAGAAAGUCAUCAAAACAGAGCCUGAAGAUUCAAGAUAGCUGUGAUUCUCCCACUGUUCUCUGGAAAUGGCAUUCAGUUUAAGGAUAAUAAUGCUCCAUCAUAGAAAUAAGCCUUAAUAACCAACGUUGCCUCAUUCAGCUCAAACAGAUUUCAUAGCCAAAGCAUAAGGAUUGAUACAGUAGUCUGUGGAAACCAGGAAGACAGAACAACAGCCACAAAAGAGAAAAUUGAGAGAAUGUUGCAAUCUGUAACAGAAAUAUUGAUCCAUUCACAUUCCUGUGUAAGUCAUUUUACGUGGAAAAGCUUACAAAUUAAUAUUGUAAGCAUUCAUUAUUUAAGAAUGUACAAUGUAUUUGUGUAAUUUAUAGAAGUAAAAGCUAGAUGUGGAGACCUGUUUGGUCCAAUAGAUGUGGAUACAGUUUAUUUUACUUGAAAUUUCACUGUCUACUUUUAAGUGUAUUUAGCAUAGAUAUUAUUAUUUGUUAGAGUUUAGAUCUUUGCAGUCAUAAAGAAAGUUUAAGUGAUGUAGUUAUUGGCAAGGUUGCAAUGACUUUGGAAAAAUGGAAAGCAAAUGGCUUAAUUUAAACCAAGAAAAAUAUUGUGUAUUUAAUAUUUGAUAAAACUGAUUUUAAUAGGAAAUGUGUCUUUUUUAGUAGUAAAAUGCACUUUUGCUGGCUUAAUCAGGCACAUUUAUGCAAUUAAUAAAUACUAAAGUAAGUUUAAAAAUGGGCACUAGAGUAGCAAAUCUCUUACUUAGUCGACUCAGAUUGCAUUAUAUCAUUGUAUCGUAACAAAAAUAGGAAGCUAUUACUUAGACAGAGUAUUUGAAACAAGUGAACUGAUGUGUAAAAGCCUUGACUUAAACAUUGUUAUUUAAGAAUGUGUUAAAUAGAUUAAGGCAUAAUAAGUUAACCCCAAAUGUGAUAAGGAUGGUGACUAGUAAAAAGGCUAUAAUAUAUAAUAUUAUAGAGUAAGAACCAUUUUAUAUCCAGAAAUUCUUUUUUAUGUCCUAGAUAGAGUCUGAGAAAGUAGGUGGCUCUCCCUGGGGAAUGUCUCACCACCCAGACCGUAACAAGUGUGGACAAUCACUGCAUCCACAUUUGCAGGCAUAAUUCUGUGGACAUUUAGUUGACACCUGUAUUUGUUAUUUAUUUUACAAUUUUGUGGACCUUUCAUAUUUGUGUCUGCAGUUUUGUUCUUAAAAUUCAUUUUAGCUUGAAAGUAUGUUUUAAUUUCUUCCCCCUAAUUAGUGGGCUGUGUGCAUAUUUAUGGGGGUGUGCUUAAAUGUUAAUAAUGUACUUGCAUACUUAGGAGAAUUUCACAUUGGAAUCCAUAGUUUAAAAGAACCAAAUACUAUUUCUACCAAUUUACAUUUUUUCUUUUGGUUUAAAAGAAGACAUUUGACCGCUUUACCUACUUCCUCCAGAUUCAUCUAAACCCAGAUAUUGCUGACAACAGCAUACUGAGUUGAAUAUGUGGGGUUUUUUUGUUUUUAAUUCUGCUCUAGGUCAUAAUUGUGUACAAAAUACUCAGUUGUACUCUGUUAUACUAAAAUUCAUCAGCCAAAUGUUGGAUGAAAUGUCGGGACUGUAGUCUCUGAUCACUGUCACAUAUAUAAUUGCUUUUUCAUUUUGAUAUGUAGAAUAGCUUUACAGUAGAAACACCAGUAAACAACUUUUAUACUAUUGAAAGGCUCUUUCCCCUACCUAAAUGUUUUAAUUGUACCAUAGUGUUUAGCCCACUGAAGAAUCUUUUUAUGGACCUUGCAACUUCGUUGCUAGCGUGAGGUUGAUUAUUGUGGUGGUAUUGUUCACUGUGUAGAAAUAGUAGGAGUAUGAUUUAAAUAGAUUGUUCAGUUUUUAAUAUUAGCCAUAGAACUGGUUAGUAUCUCAGUAGUUUCAUGAAACGUUUCCUGUAUUCUAAUCUAUUUUGAGAAAUUUUGUGGGUUUUUUUUAAUUGUGUCUUACAGUUCAAGUUUGUAGAUUUUAAUAAGCAACAAUUUUUAAAGAUGCGGUAAUCUUCCAACUAAUAUUUAUCCAUCUUUCAUGGCCCCACAAACUGCAUCUUUAAAUCCAUAAAUAAGUUUCCGUAAGUAUCAUACUUUCCUGGUCUUUCAAGCUUAGUGAUAAGGGGGAAGCACAAGAAAAAUUUCAGUAGAAUACAGUUUUUAUUUUGUAAACACUAAUGUAUUAAAUUUGCUAUACAUUGAAGCAAAUAAUAUAUAUUUUUAUUUGAAUUGUAUAUAUGAAUUGGAUGUUAUAAUUAGUUGAUUUUUUUCAUUGUGUUGGAGGUAUUUUCACUGAACAAGGUCAAUUGGUUACCUCAGUAUUACAGCCAAUAUAGUCCAAGGGACCAUUUCUCCCCAAGUCUGUGUUGUACUUUAUUAUGUGAAGUCUGCGUUUCUGUGACUCUUAAAUCUGUUGGUGAGGUGGGACGAGUGCACUUGCUUCCUGUGGCAAUAAAGAUUUUCUGUGCCUCACA